AUGGUCUUUGCCUCUUUGCGUUUUGACGACGCUGUUCAUGUGAAGCCGCACGAGCUUAUCCUCACGGAUGAAGGCCUGUUCGGCGUGGCAUGGCAGACAAAGGUCGAGAGGAAGAGAGACUACUGGAUGCGGGAUUUGAAUACCCGCGACGCAUUCAGAGAUGCUCCGGCGGCCUAUCAGCGUUCAGUUCAAUGGCUCCGCCAUCUCGCCAAGUUCGCCUUGAAGAAGUACUUCCAGGGUGAGGAGCAGGCGAUCAAGCUGGCAGAAUCCAAGCUCCACGGGAUUACGGCGCACUCUGCUCGUGUGACGCUUCUCGACGCAGCGGUGCAUGCUGGUCGCUCGACAGAAGAGAUCGGCCUGCAGGCAAACUGGAAGAAUCCGGGCCCGCUCGUUUUGAAGUACACGCGGAAUCGCACGAGUGUGCCAGCUCAGAUGGUUCAGCAGCUCGUGAAGGACAUGGUCGACCACUCCCACCCGUUCGAGGUGCCAGCUGAUGCGGUGCUCGAUGAUGGCGCCGAGACCGCUCUUGAUGAAGUCCAGUUCUUCGUCAAGACCCAUGGCUCCAGGGCAAAUCAAGAUUUUCGUUUUCAUUGCUCGCAGGUGGGCGAUACCUCAGUGGUGGCCUGUGGACGCCUUACGAUCGAGGAGUGCACGGAGACGGGCUCAGUCUUGCCGGAUCCUUCACUGCUUUGCAAGCGCUGCGCCCAAGCUCGCCCUGAUGUGGUGUCGAGGUGCUUCACUGCAGUGCGCACUCCAAGAUCGUUCUGCCUCAGGAGCGUCGAAACGUUCGCGAUGCUGGGGGAUACCAUAGCUAUGGUCAAGCAGACGAUCAAGACUCUGAUACCGGAUCACACCCAGCUCGGAGCCGAUCAACCUGCUCAAGAACUGGCUCUGAUCUCACUGGCAGCGGUUUGGAAGACAUGCUCUACUAUGCAGGACCAUUUUGCUGCUCGCAGAGCAAAGAUGGAAGAAGAUCCAUCCAAGGUGCCGGAGAUCCCUGGUGAAGACCAUGCCGAGUUCAGGGAGACCUUCGUCUCCAGGCACCCUGACGUUGUUCUUCCAAUCCAUCGUGAGCCUCACCGCAAGUUCGUUGAGAGAGUCCAAAGAGAUCAUCUUGUCCAUGGUUUUGUUCACUUCUACGAGGUGGGUGAGAUCAGGACACGCAACGAGCAGAUCGCUCAGAAGUCCGGGCUCUCCAAGAAUGCGGAAGAUCUGCUGCGCGUGGUGACGAUCGACCAGCCCGUGACCGCCAGCUCCGAGAGCCAAGUCAUGGAUAAGCUUCACGCUUUCUUUAUCACCUUGGAGUACCUCAACAUUUGUGAGUUCUCCUUCAAGGCCGGCCCUCUCAAAUACCUGGCCGAGCUGGAAGAGUGGCGGCAUGAGAACCGCGGCCUUGCUCUACUCCUGGCAGCGGACUCGCUGAUCAGGAAGAAAGUCCAUCGGGUGAGCUCGGAUCAGCGGAAGAAGUUCGGCACCUUCUCGGCCGCCCUCUUGGAUUUGCUCACCAACCACAAACAGUUGUGGAAUGAUGCUCGCUCGAGUGCGGAACUGGACAAGUUCAAGCAGGCGGCGACGAGCGCCCCUACGACACCGCCCAAGAAGCGAGCUCGUUCGACCUCACCGCCUUCUCCACCAAGCACAGCCAAGGCCAAGAAGAAUCGCAAUCGGCGUGCUCGACAAAAAGUUCAACUUCAGCAGGCCAAAGCAGUUCUUGCAAAGCAUUCCGAUCGCGACAAGUCAGACAACAAGAAGCCGUCUCGCGAUGCUCGCGUGCCCCCAGCAGAGUGGCAGAAAAUCACCUCGUUCCAAUACGGUCUGGGCCCAUCGCAAGGCAGCAAUGACGGCUCUCUCAGCUCUGCUGAGCGCAGCCCGAGCCCUUCGUCAGUCGAAGGUUCCUUUGCUGGGUCUUGGGCCACAAUUUUGUCACAUCUGCCCUCCUUGCGGAAACAAGGGCGUUUCUUUUUGGAGCUCUUUUCUGGCACUGCAGGGAUCACGGAAGCUGUUCAGCUCACUGGAGUCCCCGUGCUGCCGCCCAUUGACAUUGUGCUCUCCGACAUGGUCAAAGAAGUCUCAGAUGUGGUCGAUGCUCAGGUGUGGCAGCGUGUGUUGCGGGUUCUGCGCGAAGGGGUGGUGUUCUAUUUGCACUGCGGCACACCUUGCAACACUUUUUCUUCUGCUCGCAAAGAUGAUGGAGGCCCACCACCUCUGCGCUCACUGGAGUAUCCAAUGGGAUUGCCGGAUCUGAGUCCUGACAAUUGCCUGAUGUGGGUCACUUAUUUGAUGGAUGAUUUGACUUUCCACGCUCGGGCUCUGGCCAUUGACCUCGAACAAUGCGCUUUUGGGGCUCCCUCUCGCAAGCCUACGCGAUUGGAGUGCUCCAAUGAACUUUUUGAUCCCUUGGCUAUCACUUGCCCUGGCGGUCAUGCCCACAUCAAGCUCAAAGGCAAGGUCACCGACCCAGCAACGGGCAAGCGCGUGUUCAAGACCAAGGCAGCGCAGGUCUACCCUUGGGCUUUGUGUGUGGCGUUCGCCUCGGUGGUGCAUGCUCUCUGGCAGGAUCCUUUUCAACAUCUUCAGACUUCUUUUCAGUUGGUUACGCCGGCAUCCGAUCGGAAGCGGCAACUGGGCUCCUGCAAACCGUGGCUUGGCCAUCGACAAAUGAGCUCCGCCCAACGCGCGCAUUGGGCAGGGUAUCAGCUCAAGCGUGGUGCAGCAAAGCCGCUCUUGCACAUCGAAAUGGAACCUGGCCAGGCCAUCGAGGCUGCGCUCCAUGUGAUCCAUCCUUUCAGUUUGGCGGCUCCUUUGUCACCCCCUGAAGAGAAAGCCCUAUGUGAGCUCCGGCGACCGGCGCAUGAAGUUGUUCAACAUCGAGGGCAUUUGCUCCGUUGUUGGUCACAGAUCGCAGUCGACUUACUGCCACAAUCUGUACGCGCCAUUCGCCAGUUACCGGAUGCUCCCUUGAGGCGGCUCCUUCUGGGUGGGGCGGAUCACGAACCACCAGCUCUUGGCCAGGUUUGCCAUGUCGCCUUGUACGCAGCUAUGCUCGAUGCGUGCCAAUCAGUUGACCGUGCUUUGCCUCAGCUGCUCUUGGAUGGCUUUCCCAUUGUGGGCGAGAUUGCUCGCACAGGCCGUUCGCCAGCCUAUGACAAGCCUCAGAAUGAUAUCCCCGUUCGGGAAGCUCUUGGUCGGGCCUGGGCAAUCAGACGGAAGAUCAUCCAGCGAGUUGCUCAUGUCCCUGUCACAGAGAGCCUUCGAAAAAUUUGGGAGGCCUCCAUCGAGGAUGUGCAUGAGUGCUCGUGCUUAGGUCCUUUUUCACAUGAAGCUCAAGUUUCUGACAUCCUGGGAUGCGAAGAUUGGAUCCCAACCCAGAGAUUUGAAGUCGUUCAAAAGAACAAGGUCAGGGGCUGCGAUAGUGCCACUACAAACAUGAUCAACCAGGUCACGAAGAUCACUGAGAAGCUUCAGCUCCCCUCGACGGACACCAAUGUGGCGGCCCUGAGGAUGUUGAAGUUGAUCAAGCCGGAUGAAGAGUUGGCAGGCUGGGUGCUCGAUGAGCGGAAGGCAUACCGACAAGUGGCUAUUCGUCCUGAUCACCGCAAGUUCUCGGUUAUUUGCCUCAAGAACCCCAUGUCUGGUGCUCCAAACUUCUUCAUCAUGGUCGGUCACUCCUUUGGGCUCGUUUCUGCUGUCUAUAACUACAAUCGCCGUUCGGCUGCUAUCAACGAGUUCCUGGUGUCGUUGUUUGGAUUGGUUGCUUUUAGCUUCUAUGACGACAAGUACGGGUUCGAGCCAAAGUCCACGGUGGAGAGCGCUCGCCUCGUGGCCGAGAGCGUCCAUUUUUGGCUUGGUGCUCGUUUUGAUCAGAAGAAGCUGCAACUGUCCGAGGCACCUACGAUCUUAGGAGUCACCUAUAAUCUAUCGGCCAUGCAGCUGGAGAUCAAAGCCGAUCGCAAAGAGGAGAUCGCCAAUGAAAUUGAUGCCAUCCUCGCUUCAGGUCUUUUGGAUCCAGGCUCUGCUGGCAAGCUCAAAGGGAAGUUGAUGUUUGGAUCUUCUCAACUUUGGGGAAAAGUCGGUCGCGCUUUCCUGAGAGUUAUUUCUGAGAGGCAGUACCUGCGUUUUGCUGUAGGUCACGAGUUUAAACUUGACCCUGCUCUGAAGAAAGCUCUGAAUCAUUGGCGUAGGCUCGUUUUGCAUGGCCCACCUAGGCCGAUCGAAAAUGUUUCGGAAAAGCUCGUGGAUGCCGUUGUUUUUACUGACGGUUUCACACCAGAUCCGAGAUCGAAUCAGCGCGAGCCUGAUCGUGUUGGCGCUGUUCUCUUUGAUCGUAGGAUAGGUAGGCCUAGACAGUUCACAGCAGUCAUUCCUGAACGAGUUAAGAAACGCUGGCUCCAGCGUGCGACUCAGAUUGUUCCAGUUGAAAUGAUUGCUGCAGUCCUGGCUUUAGAGACUUUUGCCGAUCGACUGCGAGGAGCUGACAUUUUGUUGCUCAUUGACUCUGAAGCAGUUGAAGGCUCCCUUAUCAAGGGAUACUCUAGUCGCGAAGAUCUUUGUGAGCUUAUUUCGGUCUUUUGGGACCUUGCUUUUCAGUUGAGAGUUCGAGUGUUUAUCGAUCGAAUUUCAACUGAUGCCAACCCCGCUGAUUGGCCGUCGAGAGACAAGAUGUUCAUCGGCGAAAGCAUUGGAUGGGAGACGGUUAAUGUCUUGUGGCCGCCGUCGCUCUCUCGGUGUGGUGAGGGCUACCUGCGAGGGCAAAAGCCUGGAACCAUGAUGUGUGCAGUGUGCCAAAGUGCCAUUGUCCUGCUCAUGAUCUUGCUUCGCAAUGCCGCCAGCACAUGCCUCAGCAGUUGCGCGAAAUUUUUCACAGAUGUGGCACGCGGCAGUGUGAAGUUUGAAGCUGACGUGCCAAGGGGAAGGCGGCGGGUUGAUGGGUCCCUUGGCACGAACAAAAGUACGAAGGGAUGUUUCUACGAGAGGUAUCAGGAGUCCAGCAGUGAGGCGAUCACCUAUACUGGUCCUGGUGCAGAGCUCAGCGAUGGAAGCCAGGGAAACCUCGAAAGCCGCCUGGUCGACGUUGGUGCAGGGCAGGGAAGCUACACCAAGAUGAAGACACCGACAUAUGCCUGGAGGCCACUUCCAGAGCCGGGGCCGACAGAGCCGAAGUACCACGAUGUGGUUCGCCGCCACUACAACACAGUCUACAGGAAGGUCCCUGUGAACCACUACGUGGCUCGGCCAUAA